AUGAAAGUAAAUCUACCACAUGAGCCUGUGAAUAGACCAAACCACUCUGUAGUGUCUGAAUUUUUGUUCCUGGGACUCUCCAAUUCCUGGGAGAUCCAGAUUUUUCUUUUUUGCUUUUCCUGUCUCUUCUAUAUGUCCAGUUUGACAGGAAACCUCCUCAUAGUUGUCACUGUGACCUCUGACCCUUACUUGCAUUCCCCUAUGUAUUUUUUGCUGGCCAACCUUUCUGUCAUUGAUCUGAUAUUUUGCUCUAUUGCGGCACCCAAGAUGAUCUGUGAUCUCUUCAGAAAGCAGAAGGUCAUCUCCUUUGGGGGCUGUAUAGCUCAGAUCUUCUUUAGUCAUGCUGUUGGGGGCACUGAGAUGGUGCUGCUCAUAGCCAUGGCCUUUGACAGAUAUGUGGCCAUAUGCAAGCCUCUGCACUACCUGACCAUCAUGAGCCCACGAAUGUGCAUUUUUAUUUUAGUGGGUGCCUGGACCACUGGUCUCAUUCACUCAUCAACCCAGUUGGCUUUUGUUGUUAACUUGCCCUUCUGUGGCCCCAAUGUACUGGACAGCUUUUACUGUGACAUACCUCGGCUCAUCAAACUCGCCUGCACAGACACCCAUAAACUGGAGUCCAUGGUCACUGCUAACAGUGGGUUCAUUUCCUUGGGGGCGUUCUUCCUGCUCAUCCUCUCUUACAUCUUCCUCUUGGCUGCUCUUCAGAAACACUCCUCAGGAGGUUCAUCCAAGGCUCUUUCCACUCUAUCAGCUCAUAUUACGGUGGUGGUUUUAUUCUUUGGUCCACUGAUAUUUUUCUAUGUGUGCCCCACUCCUUCAACACCUCUGGACAAAUUUCUAGCCAUAUUUGAUGCAGUUUUGACUCCAUUUCUAAAUCCAGUCAUCUAUACAUUCAGGAACAGAGAGAUGAAGGCAGCAAUGAGGAGAGUGUUUAGUCUGCUCCUGGGUGUUAGAAAAACCACUUAA